AAUAAGCUAAAAAUAAUUCACGUCAAACUUAUUGGUUAUGUUUAUGCUUGCUUUAAACAUUUAAAUAUUUGAUUAGAUGACUUUAAAUGUAUUUUUAUCCUAAUUUCAUUUUUACUUCCCGAAUUUAAUUCAAUAAAAAAAUGAUUAUUCUCAAACCGUCUUGGGUAAACCAUGAUCAAAGCAAACCUAUUUUUUCCGUCGAUAUCCACCCGAAUGGAGGACGAUUUGCUACUGGGGGACAAGGAGGCUCCGGAGGAAGAAUUGUUAUUUGGAAUAUUGGCCCAGUUUUAAAUGAAAACGAAGAAUUUAAUUCAAAAAUACCGAAAAUGCUAUGUCAAAUGGAUAACCAUCUAGCUUGUGUGAAUGUCGUUCGUUGGAGUAAUGCCGGGCAUUUAUUAGCCUCCGGAUCUGAUGAUAAAUUAGUAAUGAUCUGGAGACUAACAAACGAAGGUAGUUCAUCAGUAUUCGGAAGUGGUCAAAUUAACGUAGAAACUUGGAAAUGCAUUCACACUCUCAAUUCACAUAACGGAGACGUUCUAGACAUUGCGUGGGCUCCUCACGACGGCUGGUUAGCUUCAGGAAGCGUAGAUAAUUCCGUUAUAAUCUGGAACGCACAAAAAUUUCCAGAAAAAGUUGCAGUUUUAAAAAACCACACCGGAAUGGUCAAAGGCGUAACUUGGGAUCCUGUGGAUAAAUACAUCGCCAGUCAAUCCGACGAUAAAUCUUUAAGAAUAUGGAGAACGUCAGAUUGGACUCAACAGGAAGUUGUGACUGAUCCUUUUAACGAAUGCUCUGCUACCACUCACGUCUUAAGAUUAUCCUGGUCGCCUGAUGGUCAGUAUUUAGUAUCAGCACACGCGAUGAACGGAGGAGGCCCAACAGCGCAAAUCAUCGAAAGGGAAGGCUGGAAACAAGAUAAAGAUUUUGUAGGACAUAGAAAAGCUGUUACGUGCGUUAGAUUUAACUCGAAUAUUUUGAAAAAACAACAAAAGAACAGUCCGAAACCUACGCAAUAUUGUUGCUGCGCUAUAGGAUCUAGAGAUAGAUCGAUUAGUGUCUGGUUGACUUCUCUAAAAAGACCGCUGGUUGUUAUUAAGGAUUUAUUUGAUGAUAGCGUUUUAGAUAUGUCUUGGAGUAGUAACGGGUUAUACCUCAUGGCUUGCUCUUGGGAUGGGAGCGUCGCUUGCGUUAUUUUUACCCAAGAAGAAAUCGGAACUCCUUUAACAAUGGAUGAAAAGAAUGAAUUAUAUGAAAAGAUGUACCACAAAUCGUUCCAAAAGAGUUGGAACUUGUCCUUCAGCGGUUCCCAAAUAAUAGAAAACCCCGAAUUAUUAGGAGCCCUAGAAGAAAAAGAAAAACAAGAAAAAUCGAACAUAUCGAUAGAAAUUCAAGACCCACCCCAACCGGUAAUCCCACAAAAAGAUAUCCAAUACGAAUCCCCUAAACCCAAUCAAAAUAUCUUAGUACCUCAGAAUAAACAAUUAGAAACGAGAUUACCAUCAGGAAAAAGGAGGAUAACCCCCAUGAUGUUAACACCUUCGAAGGAUAACAACGAAACUAGUAACCAAAAAAUUGAUUCAACUAGUAAUUCCCAAACGUCUUUCAGUAAAUCAUCCCCUUCUAAAAGUCAAAUUAUCAUUGAAACUGUUAAACCCCAAGACAUACAGAAGCCACAACAAACUACCAUCCCAACAAUUCAGCAAAGUACAACAAUGACUAAAGUAGUACCCCAACCACCCAGUGUCCAAAUCAACCAGUUAAUGUGUUGCGAAGUACCAGGAGAUGAACCAAUUGUUAAAUUCAUCAACGUUUUAGAUCCUUUGAAAUUAGCCCCGGGGGUUGCGGCGACCAAAGAAUGCGGUAUCGUUAAAUUACAAAUGACGAAUAAUUGCCAUAAGACUCCGAAAGGUUCGCUUUCCAAAAUAGAGGUGUUUAAAAAUAUGACCGACAAAGAUCUUAAAUGGGAUACGUAUUUAGGUUCUUCUAUAAGAUGCCUAACGGCCAAUAGAAAACUCAUAGUGGUAUGCUGUGAAGAUUUAACAAUAAACUGUUUCGAAAUAAAAUCAGGAGCUCGACCUCUACCUCCGAUUCUAAUAGAAGAUUUGGUGUCUUCGAUAAGUUUAUCCCAAGAAGGGCACUGUUUGGUAUUGACCAAAACCGGUCUGAUACAUAUGUGGGAUCUGGAAACUCACAAAAAUAUUUUUUCCAGGAUAUCUAUAAGGAGUUUGUUAACGGGAAAAGGGAUGGUGAACGGUUGUAGUUUGGGACCCUCCAAUCAACCUGUGAUUACUUUAACUGACGGAAGGGCUUACGCUUACAGUGUCGAUCUAAAAACGUGGGUUCAAGUGUCGAAUCCUUUGGAUCCUGUUUGUGUAACGGGGAGCAAUUUCAUAAGGAAAGUACCGAUGACAUUGCCUCUAGCUUCUAUGCAAAGAUGUAUGGCUUCGCAAAGAAGUAUGGAUACUUUACCACCGGGAGUUACACUGAGUUUCUUAGAAUCUCAAAUAACAGCCACGGGUGUAUUGGAAUCUAGUACUGAGUAUAAGUAUUGGUUAUUUGCUAUUGUGAAUCAUUUAUUGGAGAAAGGACCCGAAUGUAGGCUUAGAGUUAUAUUGGACGAUUUGAUGGGUCCUACCCAUAAAAGCGCUAAGAAACCAAAGGUGGAUCAAGUUAUGGGUAUGAAAAAACGUAAAUUGUUGAAUGAAAUAUUAGGAAUUAUCAAAACUAAACUGCCAUGGCAAAGACUUUACAAAGAAUACAGUGAACAAGUUAACGAGUUACAAGAUGAUCUAUAGGUUAAAUUUUUGUGAUAUUAAACAUAAUUUUAGUAAAAUAAAUUUUUUAAUAUGAA